AUGGUCAAGCCUGCUCUAAACAGGAAAAAAUCCAAUUAAAAGACUAAUUAAACAGUAUUUCCAAAAAGUAAGGUGCAAUUGACUAAUUGGCUAUUUGAUGAUUUCAAAACUUAUAACCAAGAAAACUCAAAGAAUUUAAACUAAACAAUGAAUGUUGAUCAAGAAUCUAAGAUUAAGCAAUUGUAACCCAAGUUAGUUUUGCAUAAAAAGAUAAAUUAGAAUCAGGGAAUGAGUCUCGAUACCAAUGAGCAUAUCCCUCUUCUAAAGAUGAAAGAGAGACUUUAAAAGCAUAUAUAAAGGCAAUAGGAAGAGACUAUAAGGAGUGAGCACCAGAAAUAGACCGUAGAGAUGUAUAAAAAGUAAUAGCAAGCACUAUAGUAGCAAAGAAUUAAGAAAAACUAAGAUUGGAUCGAUAUAGACUUUGAAGAGAUUACUCUUUAAAAAGAGACUAUUAGUUCUUUCAAUCACAAGUCCUAAUCAAAGCCAAUAUAAAUAACACUGUAGAAGUAAUUGUACUAGCCUAAACCUGAAAAAAAGCCUGUUCAGAAUUAAAAUAAUUUCUACAACAUCAAUAAUUCAACAAUCAUUCACAAGAAUAAAUAAAAUCCUUAGAUGCAAUAAAAGACGACUACAUAUGCUAUUAUUGAAGAUUCUCUUGAUUUCAAUGAUAUCAAAUGCACUAUCAAGAAUAAAUUUGAUAUUAAGAAUAAGGUAUUUAAGGAAAAGUCAGGUUUAGCAAAAGAAGAGUAGAUUAAAUCCUAAAAAUCUUAGAAGGAUAAUAGACUGAAUAUGAACACAAUUUAUUAUGAUUGA